CCUCUGCCAACCAUGUACCAAACAACAUAUAAUUUCAUCCCUACUUCACCUAAUAUGACCCAGACUACGUUUAAUCUUUUCAAAAGCGCCCAUGCCAAGUGCGAUGCCCCUUAUAAAUGCCCCGCGACUCGUCAUUCAACUAUAUUCCCGUCCCCUUGCACAUCAACUCAACGUCUUCACUUUGAUGACAGUCCCGCAACGCACGAUCGCAGACUUGAUUCAUCGAGAGCCACGGUGGUGGAAUAAUCGUGGCAUCCUGAUUUUAAAUAUCUGUUUGAUAUUACCACUUUUAUCAUCAACGCUUAAUGGCCUUGAUUCUUCGAUGAUAAACGGUCUGCAGAUCUUGCCCGGAUGGCAAGCAUACUUUGAUACUCCUCAGGGCAUGAACUUGGGACUCGUAAAUUCCGCCUCUGGCAUUGGCAUCCUCAGUGGGACUCCAUUUUCUCCUUAUGCGUCCGACCUACUAGGAAGACGAGCGACUAUGUUCAUCGGGGCGAUCAUCAUACUAGCUGGUGUUCUCACGCAAGCAUCAGCCACGACUAUGCAAGUUUUCCUUGGUGGUCGUGCGCUGAGUGGCUUCGGGAUAGCUUUCACCGUCAAUGCCGCUCCCUUACUCAUUAGCGAACUUAGCUAUCCAACGCAUCGCGGAAAAAUGACCUCUCUGUACAAUUCGAUGUGGUAUUCUGGCAGCAUCAUCUCGGCUUGGAUCUGCCUGGGCGCUUAUGAUGAUGCAGGGAUGUCGCCAUGGUCAUGGAGGAUCCCUACAUUUUUUCAAGCGGUCAUUCCUGUCAUUCAAAUGGUGCUAAUAUGGUUCAUCCCGGAGAGUCCUCGAUUUCUAAUGGCUAAAGGCCUGGAAUCGCAAGCUGCGCGUGUCCUCGCUCGCUACCAUGCGAACGGGGGAGACGAACGCGACCCUUUAGUAGUGUUUGAGAUGGCCCAAAUCCGACAUGCCUUGAAUGUCGAACGAGAGCUCGCCUCCGGUAAAUCCUACCUGAGGUGCUUCUCAACUCCAGGGAACAGACAGCGCAUGUUUACCAUUAUAUGGAUUGCAAUAUUCUCGCAGUGGAGCGGCAAUGGUUUAGUCUCAUAUUACAUCAACACAGUCCUGAAUGGGGUCGGGAUAACCACGACCAGAACGAAAGCAGCUAUUAACGGCAGUCUGCAGAUUUUCAAUUUAGCUAGUGCGCUAUUGGGUACGAUGCUGGCGGACAAGUUGGGGAGAAGGAAACUUUUCUUGAUUUCAAACAUUGGCAUGCUGAUCGCCUUCUCCAUGUGGACAGUUACGACUGCGCUUUUCAGCCAGGGCGGGCAUGUGGCAGCCGCGAGAGCUACCGUGCCGCUCAUUUUUAUAUACUAUUUUUUCUACGACUUCGCUUAUACGUCGAUGCUCGUGCUGUACACGCUCGAGAUUCUGCCAUAUAACAUUCGUGCCAAGGGGCUUGCGAUCAUGAGCUUCUUCGUCUAUUCAACUAAUGCCUUUAACUCGCUAGUCAAUCCAUGGGCGCUGAAUACCAUGGGGUGGAAAUACUACAUCUUUUACUGUGGAUUGCUCACCUUCGAACUAUUAUUCGUGAUAGUGUAUAUUGUCGAGACGAGAGGUCGCACUCUUGAAGAAACCGCUACCUGGUUUGACAACGUCAAAGUCCGUCGGGGUAUCAUGGAACGGAGUGGUGAAGUUGCCAUGACUUUAGCCAGAAUGUCGCCACCGCUAUACCCUGGACUUCAGGAAGGCCGUGGAGUAGUGGAGAGCCUCAGUUCUCCUUCGCAAACACAUCUCGAAUCGCAGUCUGAAGAGUCCGCCGAAGUCACGACCUCCGUUCACGAACAUUGUAUGUAUUAGAAGCGCUCGAAAUGCUACAGAGUUGUAUGUACUAUGGAUAGCUGUUCGGAGUUCUCAAGCAGAGAAGGUCUUUUGUCAGGUUUCAACGUUUAUUUUAUCGAUAUGUUGUACAGUAAUAUACUUAUGGAACAUGGAUGGUCGUGCU